AUGCAGCCGCCGCCGCAGCCGUACGAGUUCUUCGGCGAGGAGAACGGCCCGAAAUGGCGGGGGCUCUUCGUGCCCGCCCUGCGCAAGGUUCAACAACAGGUUCACCCAAACCUUUCAGCAAAAGAAGAUUCCCUCUAUUACAUUGAAGAGUUGAUACUUCAGCUGCUAAACAAACUAUGCAUUGCUCAGCCACGGACUGUCCAAGAUGUAGAGGAGCGCGUUCAAAAGACAUUUCCUCAUCCCAUAGACAAGUGGGCGAUUGCUGAUGCACAGUCUGCUAUAGAGAAAAGAAAAAGAAGAAACCCUCUCCUGCUUCCUGUGGACAAAAUCCAUCCUUUAUUAAAGGAGGUCCUGGGUUACAAGGUAGAUUACCAUGUCUCUCUGUAUAUUGUGGCUGUCUUGGAAUACAUCUCAGCUGAUAUUUUAAAGCUGGCUGGAAACUAUGUCUUCAAUAUACGACACUUUGAGAUCUCUCAGCAGGACAUUAAAGUGUCCAUGUGUGCUGAUAAGGUUUUGAUGGAUAUGUUUGAUCAGGAUGACAUUGGUUUGGUUUCUCUCUGUGAAGAUGAGCCCUCUUCUUCUGGGGAACUCAACUACUAUGACCUAGUGAGAAAUGAAAUUGCAGAAGAAAGGCAAUACCUGCGGGAGCUGAAUCUGAUCAUCAAAGUAUUUCGGGAAGCGUUCCUAUCAAACAGAAAAUUGUUCACACCUAAUGAUAUCGAUGUGAUAUUUAGCAACAUUUCAGAUAUCCAUGAGCUGACAGUGAAGCUUUUAGGAUUGAUUGAGGAUACUGUUGAGAUGACUGAUGAAAGUAGUCCUCAUCCUCUUGCUGGCAGCUGCUUUGAGGAUCUUGCAGAGGAGCAAGCCUUUGAUCCAUAUGAAACCUUGUCCCAGGAUAUUCUCUCUCCACAAUUUCAUGAGCAUUUUAAUAACUUAAUGGCAAAACCUGCUGUUGCUCUCCACUUCCAGUCCACUGCUGAAGGGUUUAAAGAAGCUGUACGAUAUGUUCUGCCACGACUCAUGCUUAUCCCUGUCUAUCACUGUUUGCACUACUUUGAGUUACUACAGCAAUUGCAGGAGUGCAGUGAAGAUGAGGAGGAUCGGGAGUGUUUAAAACAAGCCAUUACAGCUCUCCUGAACCUGCAGUGCAGCAUGGAGCGCAUUUACAGCAAGCAUUCCCCACGACGGCGGCCUGGGGAGCCUGUCUGUCGCUUCUAUAACCGACAAAUAAGAAGCAAGCACCUGGCCAUCAAGAAAAUGAAUGAAAUCCAGAAAAAUAUUGAUGGGUGGGAAGGCAAAGACAUUGGGCAGUGCUGCAACGAGUUCAUCAUGGAAGGUGGCUUGACGAAAAUAGGAGCCAAACAUGAACGCCACAUCUUUCUCUUUGAUGGUUUAAUGAUCAGCUGCAAAACCAACCACGGACAGUCGCGGCUGCCUGGCUACAGCAACGCUGAGUACAGGCUGAAGGAAAAAUUCAUCAUGAGGAAAAUACAGAUUAUUGAUAAAGAUGACACAGCAGAGUAUAAACAUGCUUUUGAGCUGGUGUCUAAAGAUGAAAACAGCAUCCUGUUUGCUGCCAAGUCUGCUGAAGAGAAGAGCAAUUGGAUGGCAGCUCUGAUUUCCCUCCAGUAUCGCAGUACUCUGGAUAGGAUGCUGGAUUCAGUCUUAUUGCAAGAAGAAAAUGAACAGCCCCUGAGGUUGCCCAGCCCAAAUGUCUAUCGUUUUGUAGUGGAGGACUCUGAAGAUAACAUUGUUUUUGAGGACAACCUGCAGAGCAGGAAUGGCAUUCCUAUCAUCAAAGGAGGAACAGUUGUGAAAUUAAUCGAGAGGUUGACAUACCACAUGUAUGCAGAUCCUAAUUUUGUACGUACUUUCCUUACCACCUACCGCUCCUUCUGCAAGCCCCAGGAACUUCUGAGUUUACUGAUUGAAAGGUUUGAAAUCCCUGAGCCUGAGCCUACUGAAGCAGACAAGCUGGCCAUUGAGAAAGGGGAGCAGCCCAUCAGCGCAGACCUGAAGCGAUUUCGCAAGGAAUACGUCCAGCCAGUCCAGCUCAGGAUAUUAAAUGUUUUUCGUCACUGGGUAGAGCACCAUUUUUAUGACUUUGAAAGAGAUCUGGAGUUACUGGAGCGACUGGAGACGUUUAUUUCCAGCGUAAGAGGGAAAUCCAUGAAGAAGUGGGUGGAAUCAAUUGCUAAAAUCAUCAAGAGGAAAAAAGCUCAAGCCAAUGGAAUUAGUCACAACAUCACCUUUGAGAGCCCACCUCCCCCCAUCGAGUGGCACAUUUGGCGUGUUGGGCACAGCGAGACCUUGGACCUCAUGACUCUGCACCCCAUAGAAAUUGCACGGCAGCUGACACUGCUGGAGUCUGACCUCUAUAGGGCAGUGCAGCCUUCUGAACUCGUCGGGAGUGUGUGGACUAAAGAAGAUAAGGAAAUUAACUCUCCAAAUCUCCUGAAAAUGAUUCGUCAUACCACAAAUCUCACUCUUUGGUUUGAAAAGUGCAUCGUGGAAACUGAGAACUUUGAAGAGAGAGUGGCUGUGCUGAGCAGGAUUAUAGAAGUCCUGCAGGUUUUCCAAGAUCUGAAUAAUUUCAAUGGUGUCUUGGAGAUUGUCAGUGCAAUGAACUCUGUGUCAGUGUACAGACUAGAUCACACGUUUGAGGCACUACAGGAAAGAAAAAAGAGAGUUUUGGAUGAAGCAGUAGAAUUAAGCCAAGACCAUUUUAAAAAAUACCUAGCUAAGCUCAAGUCAAUCAACCCACCCUGUGUGCCUUUCUUUGGAAUAUACCUAACAAAUAUUUUGAAGACAGAAGAAGGGAAUCCUGACUUUCUUAAAAGACAAGGGAAAGAGUUAAUUAACUUCAGUAAGAGGAGAAAAGUGGCUGAAAUUACAGGAGAAAUUCAGCAGUAUCAAAACCAGCCUUACUGUUUACGGAUAGAGCCAGAAAUUCGGAAAUUCUUUGAAAAUCUCAAUCCCAUGGGGAAGAUACCAGAAAAAGAGUUUACAGAUUAUCUGUUCAACAAGUCAUUAGAAAUUGAACCUCGGAACUGCAAGCAACCACCUAGAUUUCCUAGAAAAACAACCUACCCCCUGAAAUCUCCCGGGAUAAGGCCCAACACCGGCAGACACGGCUCCACUUCUGGCACCUUGAGAAGUCAUCCGCUGCCACUCGAAAAGGAACCCAGCAAGAUAAGUUUCAGUAGAAUCACUGAGGCAGAGCAUGAAACAACAGCAUCAGCACCAACUUCUCCAAACACGCCGUCUACGCCGCCGGUGUCAGCUUCUUCAGAGUUCAGCGUGUUCUUAGACAUCGACCUCAACAGCUCCUAUGGUAACAACAGCAUCUUCGCUCCCGUCAGCUUGCCCCAGUCAAAGACUUUCUUCAGCUCGUGGGGUAGCUUUCCUAAACUAAGUGAUGAGCCUCAAAACCCUCCUCCACUUCCUCCAAGAAAAAAAAUGGAUCAGGAUGCUUCUAAUGCUAAGGGAAGUUCAAAGUUGGACGAUGAUCCUCCAGCAAUUCCACCUCGGCAGCCGCCACCUCCAAAGAUCCAGCCUCGUGCUCCUGCUUACACUAACCCCCUUGAGCAGCCACUGCACAGCCCUCCUCCUCCACCCCCCCGGGACCCUCUUCCUGAUACUCCACCACCGGUACCUCUCCGGCCACCCGAACACUUUAUCAACUGCCCUCUGAACCUCCAGCCACCGCCGGUCGGACGCUUGCACCGAGAUCCUGACCGGUUCAGGGAGGCAAGCACAGGUCCCAGCUCUCCUGGCACUCCUCCCAGCACUCCCUCACCCAGGGUUCUGCGUCGCUGCUGCGUGCUCAGCACCAGUCACAACAACCUGGUCAACCCACCUGCACCCCCAGUCCCACCCCGGCACAAUUCAAGCCCUCAGUUACCAAAACUGCCACCAAAGACUUACAAAAGGGAGCUCUCCCACCCUCCUUUGCACAGACUGUCUUUGCUAGAAAAUGCAGAAACUCCUCAAUGACCUUGGCCAUAGUAGUCUU